CGUACGUCGAUCUUAACCCGUCAAGCACGCUGCUGUGCGUGUCUGUUAUGUGUGCCAGUGUUGACAAUAGGGUGAAAAAGAAACAGCCCCGAAUCACAAACGAGCUAAGGAAAACACCAAAAUCCAGGGGUUUGGGGAAGACAAGCAAUUGAAUCAUUAACAGGAAUGUAAUUGCGUUAUCAUAAUCGUUUUAUAUAGCCGUAUUUUGUUAUUAAUGGGAGUUUGAGGAUUAUUCCGUUGGAAGGAAAAAGGUACUCGUGGGUUUGGCUGUUUGAGGCCAGAUCUUCCUGCUGUUUGCACCGAGCUGGAGGUAGUCUCACAGCUAGAUAGAGCUCCAAACAUAGGAUAACUCCUCCGCCGCCGUCUCCGUUGCGAACCACAGAGGAUCAAGGUAAAGUACUACGUUUGGAGAGCUAACAGCCACUCGGUCGGCUGCAGCUUGUCGGGGUCGGGACUCGGGACUCGGGACGGUGUGUGUUUCCCAAGUCGGUCUGUCAGUCUGUGAGCGCUAGCUAACGGUAGCAGCAUUAGCACUGCCCCCUGUAUUUACAUCUGGGAUGAUGGGUGAUCGCCCAAGUCCGCCCAGCAGGGCUAUGUCCUCGGCAGCCACCACAUCUCCAUCUGUGGACAAAGUGGACGGAUUUUCACGGAAGUCUGUCAGGAAGGCCAAGCAGAAGCGGUCGCAGAGUUCGUCCCAGUUCCGCUCUCAGGGCAAACCCAUCGAGCUCACGCCCCUGCCACUGCUCAAGGACGUGCCAGCGCCGGAGCAGCCGGAGCUGUUCCUGAAGAAGCUGCAGCAGUGCUGUACUGUCUUUGACUUCAUGGACACGCUGUCGGACCUCAAGAUGAAGGAGUACAAGCGCUCCACGCUCAACGAGCUGGUGGACUACGUGACGGUCAGCCGGGGCUACCUGACAGAGCAGGCCUACCCCGAGGUCGUAAAAAUGGUGUCUCACAACAUAUUCCGGACCCUUCCGCCCAGCGACAGUAACGAGUUUGACCCAGAGGAAGACGAGCCCACGCUCGAGGCCUCCUGGCCACACUUACAGUUGGUUUACGAGUUCUUCAUCCGGUUCUUGGAGAGUCAGGAAUUCCAGCCCAGCAUUGCCAAAAAGUACAUAGACCAGAAGUUUGUCCUACAGCUCUUGGAGCUGUUUGACAGCGAGGAUCCUCGGGAGAGAGACUACCUGAAGACAGUCUUGCAUAGAAUCUACGGCAAAUUCCUGGGUCUGAGGGCUUUUAUACGAAAACAGAUCAAUAAUAUUUUUCUACGUUUUGUUUAUGAGACGGAGCACUUCAACGGAGUGGCUGAGUUGCUGGAGAUCCUGGGGAGUAUAAUCAAUGGUUUCGCUCUGCCACUGAAAGCAGAGCAUAAACAGUUUCUGGUCAAAGUGUUGAUCCCCCUCCACACUGUCAGGAGUCUGUCCCUCUUCCACGCACAGUUGGCGUAUUGCAUUGUACAGUUCCUAGAGAAAGACCCAACAUUAACAGAACCAGUCAUCAGAGGCUUACUGAAGUUUUGGCCAAAAACCUGCAGUCAAAAAGAGGUAAUGUUUCUAGGCGAGCUGGAGGAGAUCCUGGACGUCAUCGAACCAACACAGUUCGUCAAGAUCCAGGAGCCGCUCUUCAAACAGAUCUCCAGAUGUGUCUCCAGCCCGCAUUUCCAGGUUGCAGAGCGAGCUCUGUACUACUGGAACAACGAGUACAUCAUGAGUCUGAUCGAGGAGAACUCCAGUGUCAUCCUGCCCAUCAUGUUCGCCAGCCUCUACAGGAUCUCCAAAGAGCACUGGAACCCGGCCAUCGUGGCGCUGGUGUACAACGUACUGAAGGCCUUCAUGGAGAUGAACAGUACCUUAUUUGAUGAACUCACAGCCACUUACAAGUCAGACCGCCAGCGUGAGAAGAAGAAGGAGAAGGAGCGAGAGGAGCUCUGGAAGAAGCUGGAGGACUUGGAGCUAAAGCGGGGCCUUAGGAGCGACGGGAUCAUCCCAACUUAACGAAGACAGCGCCACGCUCCCCUCUGCCCUCCCCUCCUCCUCUCCCCCUGUGACUCCCCCCUUCCCCUCCAUCCUUACCCCUCCCCCCCC